AUGGAUGAAGACCUUAUUCUACGCGAAAUAGUUAAAAGUCUGGCGUUUGAAAUAGAGGCUGUAAACCAAGAUAAUGUCUUAACAUGGACUACUACCAACGGCACACCACUCAAUGUUAAAGUGAGAGUGAGGAACAAAGAUGAACCAAGACUGAUCCAAAAAGGUGUGAUACCUGUUCCAAGAAUUGGUAUUACUGCACCCGAAAAACUCAGGCUUAUUUCUAGCGAUCAGACCAUUCUGUCCUUCAACGUUUAUUUGGAUGGUGAAACAGAAAAAGGAUCAAAACGUCACAAUGGUUUAAAACUGUUUAACAUUGGUGGAUGCCUUGAUCCACCCUUUGAUGAACCCAAUUAUGCUUAUGGCCUCCCAAAAGCAGAUCGUCCAGAAAACCUACAAGUAGAAUGUAAUAAGAUAGACGAUAAUAAAGAUGCUUGUGAACCAGGAGGAUGCCUCGACCCACCUUUUAGUGAAGAUAAAUACCCCUACACUAUUUCAAAAACGCAUCAACCAAUGAAACUUGAAUUGACACCGCAAUCUACUAAGGAAGAACAGCAAAUACUCAGCAACAAAUCUUCAGAAGAACGUCGUAAAACACCUGAUAAGAAAACAAUAAAGGAAGAAGAUGAUUCUAAAAAACUUAUGGACAUUUAUGCAACAACUCCGAAACAAAACUCACUGGAGGCAAAAUAUUCACAUUCUAUUAUAACAUAUCCUACUGAUGUGUCAUCUAAUGAAACGCUAAGUGAUCAAAUUCCACCUAAAAAACUAUCAAUAAAAAGCAAUGAUGAUGAAUCACAAAAGCAAAGUUAUGAUUAUCCAGUAUCAUAUUUUGUUCCUCCGAAAGAUGUUUUGAGAUGUAAAGAGGAAGAACGUAGGUAUAGUACGAGACCCUCGUCUCUCACCAUUGGCAAAAGUAGUAACAGUACAGCUCAUGCUAAGAUAGAUAUGGUAGAUAAAUCAAAAAGUAUGGAACAUGAUUUUAGUCCUCAAUAUGUGACACCUUCAAAAGAUAUACAAAAAGAGAAAAUGAAACCAAAUUAUGCUGAUGAUGCUACUUUUAAAAAUGACUAUAAUAAACAAAGCGAUAUUGUGGGAAUUGAACAAGAAAACACUAGUAAUGUGAAUAUUCCGUCAUAUGUUGCCACGAAUUCCAAAAACGUUGGCAGUAAUCAAAAUUCUCUCGAUAAAGAACAUGCUUCAAAAUAUCUAAGGACCACUGAAAGUAAUCCUAACAACAAUGAAAACGAUAUUAUAUCACAACAACAAAUAGUGUCGCCAAUCGACAAUCAGAAAUUAUAUUAUGAAAAAACUAGAUACCCUAAAGAGAAUAUUGGUAAAGAAAAUGUGAAGACCAAAGAAGAUAACCCCAUAGUUGAAAGAGCUGAGAUAGGAAGUAAAGAUCCGUUAAAAGAUACAUUACAUCAAUCAGAAGUUGGUUACAUUACUGGUACACAAACCGCAGACAGUCUCGAUGCAAAAAAGGAUGUGCCAGAUAUAAAUUUGACAAAACAAUCAACGCUGAAAACAGAAAAUUCUAAAUUCUUAAAUACACAUGGUCCUAUAAAAGACGAUAACAAAUUGAAUUUUGGUAGUAAUGAUGAUACCUCUAAAAUAUUCCGAGUUGCCGAAGCAACAAUACCUGUUUUAGCUACAGCUACAUUGGCUUUAUCUAAAAAACAAUCAUUACAAUUUAAUGACAAAUCAAACAUUGGAUUAGAUAGUUCGGUGACUAACAAAAAUAAAGCUUCAAUGAGUAAAUGUUCAGAAGACUUGCUCAAAAAGUCUACUAAACAAAAACUUGAGAUUCAUGAAAAUGAACCAAAGAAUUUAUCGCCACAAAGUAUUUCAAGUAGUGAAAAUAAUGAAUUUGAUGUAUCUUCCGAACACAGUAUAGAUUUUAAGGAGGAAUUUUCAAAUAACGUGGAAACUCGUAACCCAGAAAACACAUUAGGUCACAAAGAAAAACACGAGUUAUUCGCUGAAAACAUGAACUUUGCAAGUACAAAUAAUGUCAUAGUUGGCAAAAAUAUUCCGAAACAUGAUUACAUUAAGUCCGACCCAGAAUCAGAAAAAAGAAGAUCUAGCGCAAUUCUUCAGAAAAAAGCAUUAUCGGCGAAACAUGACUUGGAUAUGGAGUACGAUGAUAUUAAUAAAACAGCUCCACAUAAACGUAAUACAUUUACGGUUAUUGCAUCUGAUACCUCAAUACAAAAAUGCGAAGAAAUUGAAGAAAUACCAGAAAACAUAACAGAUGUUUAUUUUAAAACCACUGAUGUAUCUAAACUAAACUCUCCUAAUUUAACUAAAAAUAACACAGUUAAGAGUAUUACUGAUAUAAAUAACAGAAAACUAGAAGGUUCAACCCCAAGAGACAGCCAGCCAGGAAAUGUAAAGGAUUUACAUUCAAAAGACAGUGAUGAUACUAAAGCAACAAAGAUAGAUUCACGCACGAAAGAAUUAGAAAGUGCAUUUUAUACUGAUGCUGAUGGAAGUUUAUCACAAAUACACUCAGAGAAUUUUACCAAUAUGAACAAUACUAUUAAUCAAACAAAACCCAAUCUGAUAUCAAACGAAAACGAAAUAAAUACUGAUCCAUUACGUAAUCGUUUACCAACACAUGUUAAAGAUAUAGAUACAAACAUUAGUGAAACUGUCCAAAGCCCACUUAAAAUAGAAAUCAAAACUGAAAAUAAGAAUGCAAAUUACAAGGAAAUGGAAUUGUUACAUCAACCAGAAAAUACACAGGACUAUCUUAUCAGUGAAAACGCAAAAUCUUUAGAUAAAGGAACAAAAGAUAUGGAAAGACCCAUUGAGUCCAUAAACGAUUCAUUACAAAAAACUAUCCCUGAUAAUAUACAACAUUUGCAUCCAAAAGAUUCAGUUAGUGGUGAAUCAGCUGUAAAUCAAAAAACAGCAAAUUUAUUUUUAGCCAAAAGAGAAUCGGAAAAAAUAUUGAAUACUGACUCUAACAUAUCUGUACCAAAAACUAAUACGGAUAAUUUGCGUUCAAAAAUGUCGACCGACAGCAAAUUCGUUGCUGAUCUAACUACGGAAAAUUUACCAGAAAAUGCAAGAGAUUGGCAUCCAGAAAUUAAUCUUGAUGAUAAUUCUGCAUCACUUACUAAAAACAUUGAGCAACUAGAACGAAUGGGUAUAAAAGACAUCAUAUUGAAACAUGGGAACAAACCUAUUAGCGGUGAUAUGUAUGCAUCUCAAAAUCUUUUAGCAAAUAAUUUUCAUACUGAGAAUGGUAAAUAUUUUUCCGCUGACUCUGCAAGCGAUAGGAUAGAAGUUGUUAACAGAUACGACAACUCGAAUGGCAAUAAACCUGAACUUAUUCAAAAUUUAAAUGAUAAAAAAGAACAGAAGAAUUUCGAUUAUGAAGAGCUAGAAAAGAAGACAGAGAAGGAGAAGAGGGUAUUAACGUAA